AACUAUUUUUCUGCAUAUUUCGGUCACCUCAUUAGUUUUUCAACAGUUACCUAUUACAUUAUUUUAACACGUUAUUAAGACUUUUGGAUGCUUUUUCAUUCAAUUUAUCUAUCUGGAAUUUCAUCACUUUGUACUGAUUUUCAAAUUAACCUCACCAGAUCUAAUCAGAUAUGGGUCAGAUCAAAUUUGUGAUCGGAUUAGAUCUAUUUAGACCUAUUCAGAUCCACCGGAGAAAUCCUGAUCGGAUCUAACUAGCUGAAUACUUAGAUUUAACCUGAUGUUGCUACAAAGGGAUAAAAAAAAAUGGCGAAAUUGUUAAAGUCUUUGAAAACGCUUAUCAAAAUAUAUCCCUCCAGGUGGAAGAAAUCUUUAGCACUUGGGCCUAUAAAAAUGUUUAUCAUUCGAGUUUGAAAUCUCGCUCUAAAAAACUACAUAUCCGGUUAGACCUAUUAGACGAAAAAACUAGACGCAAAAACACACACAGUUAGAUGAAAAUCUCGUCGGAAAAAAUUUCAACAGCGUAUAAAUCGUUUAUUAUCAAAUUUACCAAAGAAAGAAAGAAAGAAAAAAAUAAAGAGAAAAAGAAAGUAAGAAAAAGCAGCAACCUUUUUGUCGACGCGUUAUCGCUUUUGUAAAAAGUAAAGUAAAAAAAAAAAUCCAUAAAAUAAAAAACGUGCAAAACGCGAAUAGAAGAGCAGAGCAGAAGAAGCAUAAGCACAGAAAAGACGCAGAGAGGGUUGAUUGCGCGUAACGAAAUGUGAGGAAAAAAUCAAAACAAAUGGAGGAUAAGUUUAUAAUAGUCUCGUUUAAAAGGAGAAUUAGUUAAUAUAUACGGCAAACAAUCCGCAGAUGAGUUACUACGAUAAAAAUAACAACAACGUUUUCGUCGCGUCUUUGGCUCACACACCCCAAAAAUUAACGUCCAAUCAACAACGUCGUAGGCUUUAGGGAUGGCCAAUGGGAGGCGUCUUUUCGUCCCUUCAGACCGAUAAAGAAUUUUCCAUAGUGUAAGAUUCAGUUGGUGCAAAGUGACGAAAUACUAUCGAAUGCUCGAUGCUCGUGCUUAGAAACUGAUGUGUCAGAUUUUUGCGAAAAAUUUCGCAUUAUCGAAUUUUUCGAAACCGAUUUUUACGCUGCUGUUUAACGUAAAGUUAUUACUUUUUUUUCGGCAGAUUUUAUUCUUGGAACGGGUUUUGAAUUUUACCUGUUAUUUUUUUAAAAAGAACUGUGUAGUUUUGAUUUUGAUUUGUUCGAGUACUUAUCUAUUUUUUUCUUUUAAAGUUCACGUGUUAGAUUGUUUUAUUUAAUCCUUAACUUUGCAAAGAAAUUGUGGAAACUUUCUCUGCGGAGGAAACUCGACAAUGUGAUGGAUGUACCACCUAAAAGUAUUCCAAAUACUCCAGCCUGGUUCGAGAUAUACCCUUAUGAUUCGUAAUCAUUGGAAAAUUUUCACUCUAAAGAAUCGUUAAUCCUGCAAUGAUGACUAUGAUGAUGAUGCAAAGACUUCUGCAAAGCGAAGACCGUCCAAAUUCUUCCAGCACCGAAUCCGAAUCGCAUUCUGAACGACGAGCAUCAUUCGACUCUGUCACGUAUCAAUACGCAGCACCUCAUCGUGAUAAAGACCUAAACGAAAUCGGAGACCAAAAUCAAUUAUUUUUGAAAACCUUCUCGCCUAAUAACAUCAAUCAACACAUAAUAAAUAAUAACUUUAAAGAUAAUUUUUUAAAAUUCGAACGAACCGAAGUUCGUAAACCAGCGUUUUUCGAAUGUGACAAUCAAAAGCUAACAGCUGCAGUACGUACCUUCCCAGCUACCGAAUUUAAAUCCACCAAAUUGCAGCACACCAAGUCGGAUUCCGACGAAUCCAACAAUACGGAUAAAUUUGAUAAGUCUUACGAAGAAAACAGACGACUGUCGUGCGAAUCGGAAGAUUCGAUCGAUGUGAGUAAUCACGUCAUUGUGACCGAUGACAGAGACAGAAUUAGCUCGGAAGAAGAAUUCAAUAGUAGUACCAGGGAGGAAGAUGUUAGAUCUCCGGUCGAUCUCACUAGAAGAAGAUUACUGGCUGCGAAAUCGUCUUCGGAUAGGCAAUCAACCGGAUCAGUUACUGAAGAUUCGGUCAUGAUGGAAGAAUCUUGUAAAACCAAUCGCCAGCCUGAGAUAUCUAGAAAUUUAGCGUUUUCCGUCGAAAAUAUCCUAGAUCCUAAUAAAUUUACCGGUAAACAGUUCGAAGAUAGUAUAAAAGAUACUCUAGUCCAGUCUUACAGUUGGAAACCGCAUCUUGAUUUUAUGGAUACGUCUCCUGUUCAUGCUAGUCGACCUGGUUCAGAAAACAUCCAACAAUACAGCGAAGACGAAGACGACGACGUCAGCAUCGGCGGCGAAGGCGACAAGAGCGACCUAGACGAAGACAGCGACAUCGCAGGCUCCAAACGCAUCUCCGGCAGUAAGAAAUCCAACGGCAAAUCCGAAUCGAGCAGUAAAAACAGCGGUAAACCCAGAAGAGCGAGAACUGCAUUCACCUACGAGCAAUUGGUAGCAUUAGAGAAUAAAUUCAAAACCACACGUUACCUAUCGGUUUGCGAAAGAUUGAACUUAGCCCUUUCGCUUUCGUUGACCGAAACCCAAGUGAAAAUUUGGUUCCAAAAUAGGCGAACUAAAUGGAAAAAACAAAAUCCUGGCAUGGAUGUAAAUAGCCCCACAGUCCCUCCACCUCCUCCUACCAGCGGUCCACCAUUUUUCCAUCCUUUAGCUUAUACUACUCAUCAUUAUCCGCAAACUAGUCCGUUUUCUACUAACCAAAGUUACGGCGCUGCUGCCGCAGCCGCCGCGUAUUUUCAUCAUUUAGGGACUCAUCAUUCCUCGUUAGGGCAUGCUCCAUAAUUUUUAGUUAGUCUCUCAUCGUCGUCGUAGAUUAUGGAGCAGCGGCAAGAGGAAGAGAAGUAUCUUCUUUUUUAUACCAAAGUAAUCUAUUCGUAAUAUUGUAAUAUGUUCGUAUGUAUGGUGGCGUCUUAACCACUACAUAACUAUUUUCACGGUGGAUAUUUUUUUCUAGCAAUAUUGGUCAAAUUUUAUUCUCUUAUCGAUUGAGAAAAUAAUUUGCAAAUCUUCUCUGCUGUCUUUUAAGUGAUAUGAUCCUUUUUUUUUUCAUCCUCCCGAUGUUACAAUAUUUUAAAUUAGGUAAUUCAAUAUGAAUUUUUUUACGAAAGAAAAUUGUGUUUACGUUUUUUUUGUGUUUUAUGUAACCCUUGUUCGUAUAUUUAUGUUAAUUAUUUUUUUUCAUGUAUUUUUAUUUAUAAGUUUCUUAGUCUUUGUGAAAAAAAAUGAAUUUUUUAUACCUUCCAUCUUUGUUAAACCCUACUUAAUUUACCUUGCUAUGUAUUGUUUCCAUUUAUUCUUCGUAAUUUCUUCAGCUAUUUUCAUUUU